UGGCAGUAUACUAUAUUUUAUUUAUGUGUAUACUUGCGCUGUGUUGGAAAGUAUAGGCGCUGUAUCACCUUUAACUGUCUCUGGUUAGCCGACGUUGUAGUACCAACAUCGGCUAUAGUGUGUAUCGAUGUGAUCGUUGCUCGACUUGACAUGUAACGCUAAAGCUAAAAUUACGUCGUGUAUCAUAUUAAACUCAGCAUACGAGUAUCAGCCGCAAUGUAGCCUAUGUUAAUCAGGCUAAAUAAUGAAGUGACAAUGGGAAGAAAUAAUAACAGAAGACGGUUAGAAUCUCUGGCUAUCUUCAUUAGCUGUUACCUAAUUUGGUGAGGUGUGAUUUGGGCCCAGUCUAAUCUGUGCUACACAGUGUGCAGGGUUCCAGAGAGGCUGUGACUGGGACCACUAUCUGUUGUCACACUCACACCCCCCCCUCCCGAUCAUCCUCCUCAGGGUGUAUUUGAAGAUGUAGCCAGUAGUAAAGUGGGACAUCUUUGUGGUAGCUCGCCAUUCAUGCUCAGGUGUAAUCAGUGACUCCUCACCUCCACCCUCUGCCACCCUAGCUCUGGAGCACCUUGAACCCCAACCAGGGCUGCCAGUGUGUCACUCGGCCCACAGUCCUCAGCCAUGCUGUUCUCCCUGAAGGAACUGGUCCAGUGGCUGGGCUUUGCCACCUUUGAAUUGUUCCUCCACCUGUUGGCAUUGCUGGUUUUCAGUAUGCUGGUUGCACUGCGAGCUGACAUGUUCACACCCACGCUGAGCUGGUGGCUGGUAUUUGUCCCCCUGUUCGCCGCCGACGGCCUUAGCACCUACUUCACAGCCAUUGUGUCCAUUCGGCUUUACCAGGAGAAUGAGAAGCGUCUGGCUGUGCUGCGGCUCCUCUGGGUGCUGACGGUGCUCAGCCUGAAGCUGGUGUGCGAGGUGCUGCUAUGUCAGAAGCUCGCAGAGCAAGAGCAAGCCAGAGACCUGUGGUUUGGCCUCAUCGUCUCACCGCUGUUCAUCCUGCUGCAGCUGCUGAUGAUACGAGCGUGUCGUGUCAACUGAUGAGUUAGUAGUUUGCACCAGUGAACAAGGUGAGGUCCAUAAAAAUAGUUUUGGUGAGGAAGAACAUGACUGGCCUGCAGAGUCCGGAUGUUGAGCCAGGCCUUACCGCCCAGCAUCGAUGGCUGAUCUCACUAAUGUACUUGCACUGAAUAGGAGCAAAUCCCUGCCACUGGGUUCUGUGUAUCUUGUGGGAACUCAGGAACCAGAAGAGUGCACCCUUGUAUGGCAGCAUAUUAAUUCCUAUAGUUUGGAAGUGAGAACAAUGCUACAUUUGAAAAAUAGAAUCACUGCAUACAUUUGACCAUGUAGUGUAAACAUUUAAUGGCAACUAUAGCUACUGUGAACCUUUAAUUGAUUGGGAACGGUAAAUGGAAAUAAAUUCAAACAUUUGUCUCUGGUUUUUGGAAUCCCCUUUUCAUGACUCUGGUUGUUGUGAUACUUUUAGGAACUCAUAGGAGGCAGAGAAGAUGCCAGCGCAGUAAAUGUGUGUCUGAACAAUGGUAAUACCUCUACUUUGUGCAAUUAAUAGUAGACAGUGAGCCAAGAGGAAGAUGUUACCAGAAUUAUGUUUUAAUGCACAUGUGCACAAAACACCUGUAAGUUCAGUAAAUUGGUGAAACCUUAGGGCAGUAACCCUCUAGGCAUCUUUGUCCACCCAUUUUUGUUGCAGCCUUGCUCUUUUGUUUUUAACCAGAGGAAGGCAGUGCCUGCCAGCCAACU